GCGACACAGCUAGCUACCACACCACGCCAAGGCCCAAGACUAUCCCAAAGGUACUUGAUCAGCAAAACGCAGCAAUGGCGAAGCGUCUGGCCGUCGCGCUCGUGCUGCUGCUGGUGGUGCUCGCGUCCUGCGACGGGAGGGAGCUGAAAGGGAAGGGCGGCGCCGGUGGCGCCGUGGACGAGGUGAAGGACCUGCUGCCCGGCUUGCCGCUGCCGCUGCCGCCUCUGGUGCCCAACCUGCCGCUGCCACCCGUGGUCCCCGGGAUCCCUCCCGCUGCCCACGGCUCCGCCGACAACCACAAGUCUCCAUGAUCAUAUCAUGCCGAUCGAGUUCACGCGCCUCUGCAUAAUGUUUACAGGCUGCGUCCGUAGAUCAGCUUGUCGUUUUAGACUCUUAUUAUAACUAGCUAGCACCGGCCGGAGAAGCAGCACAUCGGCGUCGCAUCGCUCUUGUCCGUGUGCCUUGAUCUGCGCCAACUAUCCCUAUCCGCCAUGUUUCCUCUUAGUUCAUGUGUUUAGUUAUGUCCCUACUUCGUCGUCAAUGUACUACAGUAAUACUUUAUCAGUGUGACUGUCUUUAUGAGUAGACAUAUAUCAAAAUAUUUCAUCAUCGAUA